AUGGAUAAUCAGCAGUCGCAUUCCCGUUUUGAGACAUGGCAAGCCUUUGUGCUUUCCUUCCUGGUCUUGUCCGUCCACGCUCAACAACCGUUCCUGCCCGUUGAAACAGCGAGGGCAAUUAGCAUCAACGACGGCAGCAGCAACGUACUCGAAAAGCGGCAGGGAUGCAUCUCCAACUUCUUCAGCUGCUCAGGAGUGGGAGCUGCCUUCAGCGACGUAUGUUGCCAGUACGGCUACACCUGCGCCCUUGAUCAGAGCAACCAGCCGGCCUGCUGUCCUGUAAAUGCCGUCUGCACCGGCACCGCCCCCGCCGGCUUCGCCGCCCCAAGCCCGACUGCACCUGUCUCCUUCGUCGUCAACCCCUACUUUUCCUUCCCCUACGUCGCCACGUACUUCCCGGACGCCGAGCAGUGCUCUUCGGCCGUCAGCCAAUGCAGCGCCAACUACGUUGCCUGCAGCGACAAGCUGGACGGUCUGGGCGGUCAGUACGGCGUCACGAUUGUGGUACCCGGCGGCGAGGGAACGACCGUGGGUGCUAAUGUCGGGACUACGGUCGGGCCUGAGAGUGCUUCUAGGAUUUGCAGCAGCUUGUCAAGCGUAGCUUGCCACGGUCUAGAGAACAACAUGUGCUCAAUGACGGCCACAACCGCCAGCGGCUUCUACUUUGGCACGGGUGCGCCUAACCGCGCGUCCUCGAAGAGAGGCUUUACCGGUCUUCUGGUUGCUGCUGUUGUGGUAGCGACGGUGUCAGGUCUUCUCUGA